AUGACUGUCGGAAGAAAGCCGCGUGUGGUUUCCCUCGGGGAGCCUGCAUUUGUGGGCAGUGAUUACCUUGCUCAGUUCAAAACCGAGUUCGACUACUCUGUUCUGUUUGCAACAAACCGCGAAGAAACCCAGACCUUGCUACCGAAGGACAUCAAGGAAAAUGGACCGAUAGACGCGUUCAUCGUUCGCAUGGGUACACCGCCCUAUGAGCCAUUUGAUGAGGACUUGCUUCAGGCACUAGCACCAGGGUGCAAGAUUAUCACUUCUGCUAGCGCAGGAUACAACGAAUUUGACGUGGACUGGAUGGCUAGUCAGGAAAUUGUGUUUUGCAACACUGUGAAUGCCGUCGCUGAAGCUACAGCAGACAUGGCUAUAUUUCUGAUACUUGCUGUUCUGCGAAACACCACAAAUGCCGAGAAAAGUGCACGCAGUGGUAUGUGGAGGAAGGGCGCAAACCUGGUUCCUACCUGUGAUCCAUCGGGGUUGACUCUUGGAAUUGUUGGCAUGGGUGCUAUUGGAAAGUACCUCGCCAAGAAAGCCGCUGUCUUCAACAUGAAGAUUAAGUACUACAAUCGACAUCAACUACUGGCCUCUGAAGAAACGGCCUAUGGUGCAACGUACUGCCAGUCUCUGCAUGAUCUUCUUCGCGAAUCAGAUGUCGUCUCCUUGAAUUGCCCUCUGAAUGCGGCAACCACGAACCUAAUCAGCAAGGCCGAAUUCUCCGUUAUGAAAGACGGUGUAUUCCUCGUUAAUACGGCUAGAGGAGCGGUAAUCGACGAGGAAUCCCUCAUUGCGGCACUCGAUUCAGGCAAGGUAGAACGCGCUGGACUUGACGUUUUUGUGAACGAGCCGAGCCCGAAUCCCUAUUUCUUACAAAGUGAUAAAGUCGUUGUGCAGCCACAUUUGGGUGGUUUGACCGAGAAGGCAUUCCAAAAGGCUGAGAGAGAAUGCUUUGAGAAUAUCCGCGCGUUUUUUAUGACCGGAAAGGCGAACUCGCCGGUGAAUAUCAAAACAGAAGACCCCUGA